AUGCUCUCAGCAAGUGCAGAAUUAGAUAAAUCAAAGAAAAUUCCUCGUAUGUACAACAGUGUUCCGUCAUUCAGUCAACAUCAUCGUCCUCCACUUCCGAUGAAGUUCCCAAUAUCUCAGUCGAGUGGCUCAUGCUCUAAAAGUAGCGAUAUUGAGCGCAACCUAUUCCCUCACAACAGAAAGUCAUGCGAGGAUCAGUUUAGUGGAUUUUCUGGUUAUACGAAAUUAGGUUCCGGAAGUUCUUCGGAGCCAGGCGUCUGGGAGACAGCUGGGUGGAUACCUGGUGCAUCAUCUAAUUCAAAAAGUUACACCAUCUCUUCCGAGCGACUAACGCACAGCAAAUCAGAAAAGGCUAGACGUAGACUGCUCACCACACAGAAGGAUUCCAGUAUGAAGGAGAAAUCGAAGACAAAGAUUUUGGCACGCAGCAGUGACAAUCUGACUUAUUCGGGCAGUCCUCAGUGGCGGAAACCCUCUAGAGAAAGAGUCGUGUCCCCUUCGAAAAGGACAUCACAGGCACAUCAAAGUAAAUCAACAGUGGCCAGCAAACGCGCCUUAGUAAGUUGCAUUUACUUUUCUCCUGCACCAAACAUGAAAACAGUAAACACUUUUGUUCCGGGGUCUGAUAGCAGCUAG